AUGGAGUGUGGAAAAUUGAAGCUCGGUGAUGGGGGAGGCGAAUGGGGGAUAAACCUCUUUCUCAUUGUGUCUGGGCAAACGGGCUCGCGGUUUGGGUCUGACCUAGGGUUCAGGUGGGCUGAGCCUUUGUGGUUCGGGGCGUUUUGUCUUGUAGCGACGCACGCCGUUCGAUUGAGCGCGAUGCGGAUCGAUGACGUGGACAAAAUGGACGGUUCAGAUUGGGGGUUUCUGUGUUUGUUUUCGAGAAGGGUGUAG